GGACAGAAUCUCACAUACUGGUGUCGAUAUCCAAAUGAUUCUUUUAUAAACAAAUUCAUCUGUAAGGGAGAAGAUCCAUCUAUAUGUAAACCUCUAUUAAGCACACAGCGCAACAAGACCAUUGGGAGGUUUUCUAUGAAGGAGAACAAAAACAAGAGAAAGAUCACCAUAACAGUGAGAAACGUAACAACAGACGACACUGGGACAUACUGGUGUGGAGCAGAAACCACUGACAAAACACACAGCAACAAAUUCUUCGAAAAGCUGGUGAUGACUGUAGGUCAUGAGGUCUUGUCUAAAGUGAAGGGAUGCCCAGUAGGAUGGAUUCAAUUCACCUGCAAAUAUCCAAAACCAAAUGUAACAUAUGAAAGUAUUGAUUUAGUUAAUCCCAAAGAAACCAUACGAAGUGCUCUAAAGAAUGUGUGGGAAAACAACGGCAGAGUUUUCCUGUACCAUGAUCCAAAAAAAAAACAUCUCAGGGUGGCCAUUAAUAAAACUGAACAUGAGAACUUUGGGAAUUACACCUGUAAAUUUAACCAACUACCUGACUCAUGUGACACAGUGGAACUGGACUUGGACGUUGAGACAGACGGCUGCCAGGGACAAUUUAAUCAAACUGCGUACAGAACAGCUAAAACCACCAUCACAUGUGAUUACACAGGAAACAAAUACAAGUUCUUCUGCAAACAGAACGGUUCAAUCUGUGAGGAUAUUUCAUCAACAAAAUCCUCUCUGAAGUCAAACGGGACAUUCACUCUCACAGAAACCAACAGUAGCUUCAGCGUGUCCAUCAGUAACGUGUCCUCAAGUGAUGCUGGUGUCUACUGGUGUGGAGUGGAAACACAUGAAGGAAGUUACAGAGCUUCUCUCAGAAAGAUACAGCUGAAGGUUAACUCUUCUAUUACUAACUUCACCACGUUUCCAGCUGUUGGACAGAAUCUUACAUACUGGUGUGAAUAUCCAAAUAUACUCUGA